UUAGCUAUUUAAGGUAAAGAGUCAUAUUAAUAUAAUGAGAAGGGGUAAUGUUUUUCUAGCAUUGCUAUUUAACAACUUGUGGGACUUGACCGGGACUGUUGUUGUUGUACUACUCAACAGUUGUAUGUGUGAUAUGGUUCACUUCUGAUUUAUUGCAGUUGAGUCUUUAGAAGAUGCCUUGAGGCAACUAUAUCUGAUUGAUGCUAUUGAUGAGAAUGGUGCAAUUACCUGUCUUGGAAGAACCAUGGCUGAGCUUCCACUAGAACCUUCUCUGUCGAGGACCUUAAUAGAGGCCAAUGAUUUGGGUUGCUUAUCUCAAGCUUUGACAGUUGCUGCUAUGCUAUCUGCUGAAACAACUUUGCUCCAUGGGUCUAGGGAUGUUAGCAUGUUUGGAUUGGAUGUGACAAAUAAGUUGGAUCUCAAACUACGGGGUACUUUUUUCCAAAGUGGGUAAAGAAUAUGUGAUACAUACUUGAAUGAAAAUAAUGCAUGCUAGCGGGACUGGUCAGAUGAUGACUUUACAACUGGAUAUAUUGAAAAGAUGAGAUAAUGUGUUGCUUAAUGAGUCAAGUUGACCAAAAACCUUAGUAGUGUAUCACAUUUGGACACUGGCCCUCUUCUCUUCGGUUGUCUUGAUCAAAGUUAGAAUUUUGCUGAGAUAUGCUGUGGUGAUUAUGAGUUCUUUCACCAUUUCAUAUGAGUGUUUGGUCCAUAUAUGUCUCAGAUGUUGGCUAUACAUACUCUUCUUUUCAUUUUCUAAGUGUUGUGAUCAGCAGGAAUGCUAUUGAAAAGAAGAGGAAACAAACUCCGUCAAACCUACCUGAUGGAUGUGGGUGGGGUGAUCAUAUCCAGCUACUUCAGAUUUAUGAGCUAUGGGAUCAAAAUGAUUACAGCACAGAAUGGUGUAAUGAAAAUAACUUGCAGGUACGGGGAAUGAUGUUUGUAAAAAAUGUAAGGAAACAGCUCACUCAAAUAAUGCAGAAAAUAACCAAAGAGUCUUUGGUUGGCCAAACAAGUAGAAGGCAUAAACAAAGUCAACAAGACUACAAAAAUUUGCGGAAAGCUUUGUGUGCAGGCUAUGCUAAUCAGCUUGCAGAGCGGAUGAUUCAUCAUAACGGCUAUCGAACUAUUGGAUUCAAGCCUCAGCUGGUUCAGGUCCAUCCAUCUUCAGUAAUGAAGGGAGAUGAUGAUGGGAUGCUCCCAAAUUAUGUGGUGUAUCACGAGCUAAUAUCUACAACGCGUCCCUACAUGCGCAAUGUGUGUGCAGUUGAGAUGCCAUGGGUCAUUCCCGUCUUGGAAAGACUUGAGAAACUAAAUGUCAAAAAAUUGAGUGGUGGCAUCUUCCAUCAGAAUGAAGAGAGAAUCCAAGAAAUAAACUCGAAUUUAGAGAAGAAAGAUGCAGCGGCCCAUGAGGUUUCCCCAGAAGAACUUGGCAGCAGGAUUGAAGCUGCUAGGGCACGCUUUCUGGCUCGCAAGGCUCAGAAGUAAGCUGGAUUUGUGUGGAAAUUACUCUCCGUAUAUACGGAGUAUUAGCCAAAUUCAUGCUGGGCAAGGCAUGAUUGUGUUUCUUCAAAUGAUUGUCUGGGCACGCAUUGUAUUAUUAAAGGAGAAGGUGGGAACUUAAAUGAGCCAUUUUGCUCAAAUUCAGUUAGUUUGAGAGAGUUGGUCUUGUUCAAAAAGUUGGAGGAUCGUUGAUAAUACACAGUACAGACCGGAGAACAAUGUACUUUAGUUGUGAUGCUCAAGUUAUUUUUACCCAUACCUUGUGCUCCAUUUUCUUAUUUGGCAGAUAAAUUACAUCAAAGGGA